AUGGCAUACAUGUACCUUUUAUCAAUUUUUUUAUUUUUCAAUAAUAUUGAUUGUAUUUCAUCUGUUACCUAUUUGUGCGAUCGAAAUACUGAAUGUGGAUGUUCAAAAACGAAUGCUCAACUAAACAAAAUUGUUGGUGGUGAAUCAGCAGUUGAUUCUAGUUGGGGAUGGGUUGUAUCUUUACAACGUAGCUCUACUAAUAGUCAUUUUUGUGGUGGUACAAUUAUAUCAUCAUUACAUAUCAUUACUGCUGCUCAUUGCGUUGUAGACGCUUCAUUCAAUAUUGGCUCUACAAAAGUAGUUGUUGGCAUAGAUGCACUUUCUCAAACAUCAUCAACAACGGCCCAAGAACGUUCCAUAGUACAGGUUUUCUCACAUCCACAAUAUAGUGUCAUCACGAAAGCUAAUGAUAUUGCAGUUCUACGACUUAAUCAACCAUUGAAUAUUUCAUAUGAAAAAGGUACUGCUCGAUUAUGUUUCCCACGAGUUAAUGCAACGUCCAUGACCUAUAAUUAUCCCAUCUCAAAUUCAGCACUGGUGGCAAUUGGAUGGGGUGUAUUACGAUCAGGAGGCCAGAUUAUACCAUCUAACCUACAUCUACAACAAGUGACAGUAAAUGCUCUACCGGCAGAUCAUCAGAUGUGUGCGUCUUCAAUUAAUAAUCGACAACUUCAAUUUUGUGCUGCCGUAUCGGGUGGUGGAAAAGAUACAUGUCAAGGUGAUUCAGGCGGUCCUUUAAUGUAUUUCGAGUCGAAGGAACGCCAGUGGGUAUUAGCUGGUGUAACCAGCUAUGGAUAUGAAUGUGGCCUGCCAGGUUACGCUGGUGUAUAUACACGUACUUCAGCCUAUCAUAGUUGGCUUCAAUCAAUUGUCACUGAUCGUUUUAUUGAAUUAACAGUGAAUGGUGCUAGUGACAUGUUGACAUUGAGUAAUACUAGUUCUACUACAACAAUGAAUGGUGCUAGAUCUACUUCACCAAAUUUAUUUUGGUAUAUAUUAUCACUAUAUAUGUUGGUACAGAUACAUGUAUAUUUUAAAUAA